AUGCAAUAAAUAAUUUUGAAAUAAAUAAAAACACAUCAGUUACAGUUUUACUCUUCCUAAUAAAUAGCAAUUGAUCGGCAUAAUGAAUUUUUAUGGUAUUUUAUUUGCUAUAAUUUCAAUACUUCAGACUGUGGCUGUAACUACAGCCAAUCCCGAAAGUUGCUUCGAAGUUCUCAACAAAUAUUCUGCAGAUGAAAUCAAAAAGAUUUUCAAUAUGAAUUUAAGAGACACUAUCCUAAAACAGCCUGCCAGUGAUAUACUAAAUUGUUUUCUAAGUAAAUCUUCGCACGGUGAUGCUUCCGAAAGCAAACAAUUAUUUGAUAUCUAUAAAAAGCUCGAAGAAUAUAAACGUGAUCCUUCAACACCAUUAGAUAAUGAAAAACUAACUAAGCUCGUGUCAAUGGGUCUUCCCUUUAAAUUGGAAAGCUCAUUAAAGGCUAAACUUAAGCAGGGUAAAACAAUUACCUUAACUGAAGUUCAAAAUCUGAUAAUGAAUGAAAUUGAACUGAAGGGCGAGUACACCACUUACCGACAACAUAUUGAGAAGGAAUUACAUGAACAAGAAGUUCACGAUAAAAUUAAUAUAAUCGGUUGGAUAGUAGGUUGAUCGAUUUAUCGUCAUCUUACAAUUAACAUUUAUCAAAAAGUCGAAUUUCCAAAAAAAAUUCGGAAAAUAUUUCUUUAAAAAUAAAAUCUAUUUAAUUAUAAAUAAUGUGAAA